AUGUUCUCGAACUCGGGCGCGCGCAAGUCGGUCGAUAGCCUGUCGCCAACCCGCUCGAUUGGGUCCCGCGGCGACUUUCCUUUCCACGGAAAGGGUCUCAACCCGCAGAGCCCCCAGCGUCAUCACCAACGCCGCGGCUCGACGGCCAGCUCGAUACACUCGGUUGGCGGCUCUCUCGAUUCGUCGUCAGCAAGCUGGGCAGGCGCCGUCCUCGAGACGGGCCAGAACGCCAUCUCGACCCUGCUCCAGCCCCCUAUCGUGCGGACCGGCCUGCUCCCCCACACGGCCGCUCCAGCUUCCAGCGCCCACAAGCCGCCGACCUCGCGCGAUAUACCCCCCGUCACUCUCACAAAUAUCCCCCAUGUAGAUUCGUCCGAGUUCAAGUCCUACCUGUCUCAGGUCGGCGCCUUGUAUGAACAAUUACGCAGAGUCCAGGCCGACGACGAGGACAGCGCUGCCAUUUUCAGCCGCCGGAACAAGCCCGACGAUGCUUCCGACACCCUCGCCGACGAUGGCCAUUUGCGCCCCGGCAGGCGUCCGGCGGCGACGCCGAGGAGGACAUCGACGGCCUCCAUCACCUCACUGUCCCCGAUAGAGCCGCCCAGCCCUGUGCGACGGGGCAGCUCGGGCUUUCGACGAGGCGCAUCACAUGGCCCCCCACCCUUGUCAACCAUCCCCCCUGUCUACUUUGACGACGACUUCCACCUGGAAAACCCCCGCACGUUUGAUGUAGUCAGCGAGCGGUCCGAGGUUGUGCGGCCUGCGCCCGGAACUGACGAUAAGACAACUUCUAAUGGCAAUGCUGGUGCGCCCCGCAAAGCGCUUGCCACCAACGCCAUAUUGCAGGAGAAGCUCUCGUGGUACAUGGAUACUAUAGAGAUGCAUCUCAUUCAGUCCAUAUCGACCGCCUCGACUACUUUCUUCACCGCCCUUGGGUCCCUCCGCGAGUUGCACUCGGAAGCUGCGGACUCGGUGGAGAGAAUCAGGGCAUUACGAAGGGAGCUGGAGGCUCUGGACGUGGAAAUUGCGGCUGGUGGCUUGAAUAUUGUCAAGGAGCGGCGAAGGCGCGAAAAUCUCCACCAACUACAUGAUGCCGUGAUGCAGCUCCGAGAGAUUGUCGACGGCGUUGCCAUCUGCGAGUCUCUGGUAGAUUCUGGACAAGUGGACGCCGCUCUCGACAAUAUAGACUCGCUAGAAAGUCUAAUUGCGGGUGAGGCUACGUACGGCCGGCACCCCAGCAUCCAGCUGAGGGAUCUGAGAGGUGCCACGGCCCUCCAAGGCGUAAGCAACGACCUCGAUACGCUCCGGUUUCAAAUAGGGAAGGCGUACGAGUCAAGAUUCCUCAGCUUACUGCUCGGUGAUCUUCGUCGCCAUGUCGAGCAAGUGUCAACGCAGGAGGUUUUGAUGCGUUGGAGUAGCGCUUCGUCGCGCACUCGAGGGGGCCAUACCCGCGAGCCAUCGGCCUUCCCGUCCUACAUGGCCGCGACCGAUGCACUUCGGACGGAGCUCUUGUCGAUUCUGACGGGACUGCACCGCGCAAAGUAUCUUGCGGCGGCGGCGGCGGCAUAUCGAGACGCGGCCAUGAGGGAAAUCAGGAAUAUUAUUCGAAAACCACUGCCGAGCUCCAGCGACGACGACAACGAAUCCAUGAUGUCGUCGUCCACAACAACGGGAGGUAGACAGCGUUCCCAGCAGGAAAAGUCUUCGGUCCUUGCUCGAAACCUACGGGCUCUUGAGCCAAAGGAGGCCGAAUACCUGCUAGUAAAAGUCUACAUCGGGGUAGCCGAGACCCUGAGGCGGCUCGGCACCCAGGUCAAGGUAUUACUAGAUGUUGCCAGCUCAAUUGGGGAGUCUGGGCCUUCGGGAAUGCGAUCUCCUCCUCUCAGGUCGCCUCCAUUUAGUCCCACGGCCAGGCAUCCGUCCACAACCGGUCUCGAAGCACAGGAAGAAAUACACAAGGCCUUGGAUAUUGCCAACCUUCUCGGGAGAGGUGUUGACGUUGCCCAAGACAGGAUUGUAAAAUUGCUGCGAGUGCGAUCAGAGCAGAGUUCCCACCUGGGCCUUGUUUGGUUUCUGCGGUACUUUACCCUCAAUCUCCACUUUGCGAAUGAGUGCGAAGCCUCAUCUGGGCGCAGCGGUACAGCCCUAAAGACGGUUGUCAAUGGCCAUAUAAAGGAAUUCGUCCAACAACAUGGGGAUACCGAGAAACAGAAGCUCGCCCAGGGUAUGGAGUCAGACCAGUGGAGCGCCCAGGAUUUCGGUGAUAGCGACACGCAGUUGCUGAAUCAGAUUCUGGAAGGGAGCACGAGAGAUGCUGCCGCCUGGACCGAAGGAGCUAAAAUCUGGCUCCCGCAUCCCGAUGAAGACGACGACAAGGAGCCUGACGUGGACGACCUCGGCCAGUCCAACGCGGCAGCCAAAAGUAAAACGAGAUGUGCCAUCAUCGAGGAGGAGGCCUUCCUGUUGCCAAACUCGGCCGUUCUGUGCAUGAAUGGCAUGGCACGCUUCCUGCAUCUUGUUGUUGGCAUCCCCUCGGUCACGGUAGACAUAUCGGCGUCUCUGGUCGCAUUUCUCCAGCUAUUUAACUCUCGCUGCACCCAACUCAUCCUGGGGGCCGGGGCGACGCGUUCCGCUGGUCUUAAAAACAUCACAACAAAACACCUUGCGCUAGCCUCACAGGCUCUGGCUUUUAUCGCAGCCGUUAUCCCGCACGUCCGCGAGUUUGUCAGGAGGCACUGCAGCUCGGGCACCAAUGUGUCAUCUGUCAUGGGCGAGUUUGACAAGGUCAGGCGACUUUACCAGGAACACCAGAACAGCAUAUACGACAAGCUCGUCGAGAUCAUGACAGGGCGGGCGUUGGUCGGAACCAAGAAGCUGAAGGCUCUAGACUGGGAAUCGCUGGCUGCCAGCUCGGUGCACGAGUACAUGGAAACGCUGGCCAAGGAAACCACCACAUUGCAUCGCAAUCUGACCAAGCACCUACCCGAGGGCACCGUGCGAAUGAUCAUGGUCCCCGUGUUUAGAAACUACAAAGAAACAUUUGGUGCCGCGUUCCGGGGGUUGGAGCCUGGCACCGAAGUCGGUCGGGAUAGCAUGCUACGUGAUGUCGAGUUUUUCCAGUCUCGACUCGGGAAGAUUGACGGCUUUGAGGACGCCGGCGACUAUCUGUUGAAGAUUAUCAAGAGCAAAGAUAUCAGGAAACCCUCUCCGGCGCCAACUCCAGCGCCAGCCUCCGCUCCAGCAGCGACAGAGGCAGCGCCGGCGCCUACCCAGACCACCACCAGUCAGCUUGCAGAGGCGUCCCCUGAAGAGGCGGACGAGAAAAAAGCUGUGGAAGGACUGUCUGCCGAGCUCCAGGCGCAAACCGGUCAGGGCUCGAGGGAAAACGGGGAUGCCAGUAGUGUUCAUUAG